CCCCUGCCCUCCUCCUGCUGCUCCCAGGAGUCUCGGGAGGAGACCCCCGGCAGGGAAGAAGCUCGGACUGACCCUCCUGACGGCCAGCAGGACCCAGACGGCGACAAACACAAAGAGAAAACUCUGGGGAAAGAAGUGCUAUUAUUAAUGCAGGCCUUGAACACACUCUCCACUCCAGAGGAAAAGCUGGCAGCUUUGUGCAAGAAGUAUGCUGAUCUGCUGGAGGAGAGCCGGAACGUGCAGAAGCAGAUGAAGAUCCUGCAGAAGAAGCAAGCACAGGUGGUGAAGGAGAAGGUCCACAUGCAGAGUGAGCACAGCAAGGCCAUCCUGGCCCGCAGCAAACUGGAAUCUCUCUGCCGGGAGCUUCAGCGGCACAACAAGACUCUGAAGGAAGAGAACCUGCAGCAGGCCCGAGAGGAGGAGGAGAGGCGGAAAGAAGCCACUGCCCACUUCCAGCUGACGCUGAACGAGAUCCAGGCGCAGCUGGAGCAGCACGACGUGCACAACGCCAAGCUGCGGCAGGAGAACAUCGAGCUGGGGGAGAAGCUCAAGAAGCUCAUCGAGCAGUAUGCACUGAGAGAAGAGCACAUUGAUAAAGUGUUCAAACACAAAGAGCUCCAGCAGCAACUGGUGGAUGCCAAACUGCAGCAAACCACUCAGCUCAUCAAGGAGGCAGAGGAGAAGCACCAGCGGGAGAGGGAGUUUCUGCUCAAAGAAGCUACUGAAUCCAGACACAAAUGUGAACAGAUGAAGCAACAGGAAGCUCAGCUGAAGCAGCAGCUUUCCCUUUACAUGGAUAAGUUUGAGGAGUUCCAGACCACCAUGGCAAAAAGCAAUGAACUCUUUACAACCUUCAGGCAAGAAAUGGAGAAGAUGACAAAGAAAAUUAAGAAGCUGGAGAAGGAGACCAUUGUGUGGCGCACCAAGUGGGAGAACAACAACAAGGCUCUGCUGCAGAUGGCUGAGGAGAAAACAGUGAGAGAUAAAGAGUACAAAGGCUUCCAGGUGAAGCUGGAGCGCCUGGAGAAGCUGUGCAGGGCCCUGCAGACGGAGAGGAACGAGCUGAACGAGAAGGUGGAGGUGCUGAAGGAGCAGGUGUCCCUGCGGGAAGCCGACGUCGAUCUGGCCGUGCAGGUGCUGCAGUCCUGCAGCCUCACCUCCCACCAGGAGCUGGAGCCUGGCCUCCAACCCCCACCAGGACCCUGUGCAGCCAGCAGCUCUGCAGAGACUCUCUCCCUGAGCCCUGCUCCUGCUGGCCCCCAGGCUGGGGACUAA